GCAGGCUGAAUAGUGUGCAACAUGUACUUCGUCAGACUCAACUCAGUGCCGUUGCUGACCGUGACGUGUUUGCUCCUCACAGCAGUUGUUGAUUCUGUAAACCAAGUGACCACCUGUGAUUCGAACCCAUGGCAAAUCCAUCGCCUAUUUUGUGGUUCUGGAGUGAUCAACAUGCAGCAGGCUUUGUACGGUCGCUCAAGCCCACUCAUCUGCGCUGAGGGCCAACCUCCACAGCAGCUGACCAACACACUGUGCGCUCGGGAAAACACUGUGGAAAACAUUAAGACGAGUUGUAAUGGAAAACAUUUGUGUGAAUUGAGUUUGGAUUAUUUCCGCACCCCUGAUCCCUGUGCUGGCACCGCUAAAUAUUUGCAGACCAACUUCACCUGCUUACCCGCAAUUACAGUGGUGGCUUGUGAGUCAUCUGUGGCACAUUUGUAUUGCGAUUUGGGACACGUUAUUUUUGUCUACGGUGCCGACUAUGGACGCCGUGACCGGACCACAUGUGCAUACAGAAGGUCUCCGCACGAGAUAGACAAUGUUGAAUGCCUGCAACCAACUGACAUUGUUGCCAAAAGGUGCAAUGGACAAACCAUCUGUAUGAUCACGGCGAGCAAUGAUGUGUUUGGAGAACCUUGUGCUGGCACCUACAAAUACUUGGAGGUUACUUACACAUGCCAAUAUCCUUCGUAAACAAAAGUGGAGUACUGCUAUACUGGAGUCCAUACUGCUGCUGUACUCUUUUCUGUGGUUAAAAUGUGCUG